AUGACGCCACGGUUGAUCCCUUUCUACUGGGGUAAUCACGAUCACUUCAAACUGAAACCGACCAAAACACUGUUUAAUAAUUAUAAUUCCCCUUCUCGGCAUUCAUAUACAUCCCGGAUGAUAGCCCCAUCUCUCAGCCGCGCCGUCUGCGCUUCGUCGCCCGUCCCUUGCUCUUCUUGGCUGCAUCGUUGUCUUCUGUAUCGUUAG